AUAUGAAUGUAGGCUGAAGUCAGAAAAUGGCAAGAAAGUCUUCAGAGAGAGAUCCAAUCAAAGCUUCACACUCCAAGAGCAACCUCUGAUACGACUGACGCCGCUCAGCAGACAAAUCCAUUGUGAGGUCAUAAGAGAAGUGAAACUAGAGUGCUCUGUCAACGAACCCUACACUGUUGAGUUGUACUCAGUACUCAGUACUCAAAACUUUGAAGUCUUAGGCACAGGUAAUUCUAUCAGCUACCCGUUUCUCAUCCCCAUCUGUGAAAAAACGAAACAUACAUUCACCUGUCAAGUGUCCGGCCGCAAAGAAUUAAAACGAACUACGCUGGAGAUAACUACAGGAGAUCCUGUUUGUGAAGAUGUUGUAUUUGGUACUGGAAAUCUUGGCCAGAUGGCCGUCGGUUCCUGUGAACGUGACGAGGUGGGAGAGAGGAAAGGAGUUUGUCAGGAAGAUGGAUCAUGGAGAGAAGUUGAAAACAACUGUAUCCUAGGACCGGUUCAGGAGCUGCUCCUGCAGUCUGAGUUCUUGGAUGCCAAUUCACUGCCAGUAUUCUUGGACACACUCAGCGAUGUCACCGUCAACUUCACUGAGGAAGUGGUUAAAUCUCCCACAAACAUAAAUGCCAUUGUUGAUAUACUCAGCAAUGUUGCGAAUACAUCCCUACCUAUUAAUAGUGACUUAGCAAAGGAUAUCCUUCUCACUGCAGGUGUCCUCACCACAUAUGGUGCAUGGAAAACCUGGGAGUCCCUGAACAAUGACACAAGAAAUGCCUCACAGAUGAGAAGAAUCUACACAUUCUUGCAGUCACUGGAGACUAUAACAGAACUUUCCUUUGUCCUGGAUAUAGACUUUGACGAAUCCUUCAAUGAAGAAUCAAAUGAUGUUUUCGUCAAUGCAAACAGAGCUAUUCAAAAGCAAUGUCGGACUCCACAAUCAUCUUGUCAGUUAAGUGGAUUCAGGCCGGGAAGCACCAUCGGACAUUAUACCAUAAGAGGAGCUUCAUUAUCAGACACAGAGCUUCAAGCUAUACAAACAGGGAUCUUUCUAGACCUGUCGGAAACCUACCCUAUAAUAUUUGACAGUCAGUCAUCCUUAAAGCUGGAACCGACUACAGUUAUCUCACAGCAAGAGGCAACUGUGACAUGUGGUCCUCCUCCAGCUGAUCUCAAUUUAGGAACCAACUGGACUGCAGAGUGGAGGUUCAACAACAGACCAAUAACCAGAGAUGAAAACCUCUAUGAAUUUUCAAAAGUGAAUGAAGAAGCAGUGUUAACUCUGAAAAGAUUCUUUGGUACAGACAUUGGUCAAUAUGAAUGUAGGCUUAAGUCUGGCCAGAAAAGCUUCAGAGAGAGAUCCAAUCAAAGCUUUACACUCCAAGAGCAACCUCUGAUACAACUGACGCCGCUCAGCAGACAAAUCCAUUGUGAGGUCAUAAGAGAAGUGAAAAUAGAGUGCUCUGUCAACGAACCCUACACUGUUGAGUUAAGAAACUCGACUGGAGUCUUAGGCACAGGUAAAUCUAAUAUAAGCUACAAUAUUACCAUCAACUGUGACGACAUGGAACAUACAUUCACCUGUCAAGUGUUUGGCCACGAAGAAUCAAAACGAACUACACUGAAGAUAACUACAGGAGAUCCUGUUUGUGAAGAUGAUGUAUUUGGUACUGGAAAUCUUGGCCAGAUGGCCGUCGGUUCCUGUGAACGUGACGAGGUGGGAGAGAGGAAAGGAGUUUGUCAGGAAGAUGGAUCAUGGAGAGAAGUUGAAAACAACUGUAUCCUAGGACCGGUUCAGGAGCUGCUCCUGCAGUCUGAGUUGUUGAAUGCCAAUUCACUGCCAGUAUUCUUGGAUACACUCAGCGAUGUCACCGUCAACUUCACUGAGGAAGUGGUUAAAUCUCCCACAAACAUAAAUGCCAUUGUUGAUAUACUCAGCAAUGUUGCGAAUACAUCCCUACCUAUUAAUAGUGACUUAGCAAAGGAUAUCCUUCUCACUGCAGAGUCCCUCGCCAUAAUAGCCUUUGUGUUGCCUGCUCUGACGAUAGUGCUGUUUCACCUCAUCGUCUUGAUUGUGGUAUUAUUCAAAAUGCUGAGGAGAAGGGCAGUGACAGACUCUGCCCAAGCAGGUCAGAGGAGUUUAUUGCUUAUUGCAAGGACCCUGGCUGUCCUCACACCAUUAUUUGGAUUAACUUGGGGUCUGGGAAUCGGAACCCUGGCCGACCCAGAAAAUCAAGGCAUCCACAUUGCUUUUUCAUUCUUCAAUUCACUGCAGGGUUUCUUCAUAUUGGUGUUUGGACUGCUGCUGGACAAAAAGGUGCGGUCAGAAAUAGCAAUAAAGUCACAGAUAUCCGGAAGUGGCACCAGUAGCACCAGUGCUGGAAACUCAUCGAGUGCAUUUGGAUUUCUCCAGCUCUGGAGACGAGGAAGAG